AUGGAGCCCUCCCCAGACCUGAUCCCAACUCUCCAUAGGGUACUCGAGGAGCUGUAUGAAAAUCCCCCACCGUCCAUCCCAUCACCCGCUGCCACUCCCAAGCGCGCGUCUGUUGCACUCGUCAUACGGAUCCAACCGCAUCCUUCAUACCGCCCCAAAGACAACAACAAUGCCAGUGUGUCCACUCUGGCGGAAUUCUUUGACCUUCCCUGGGUACAGCAUGGUGAUCCCGAGUGCCUGUUUAUCAAACGGGCUGCUAGGAAGGGGGAUCGCUGGACGAGCCAUGUGGCAUUGCCAGGCGGAAAGAGGGACGCAGAGGAUAAGGGCGAUUACGAGGUAGCUGUGAGGGAGUGCUUGGAGGAGGUUGGGUUGGAUCUCGAUGGAGAAAUGGCAAUUGAUUGUGGUAAAUUGCCGGAUAGGAUAGUGACGACUUCGUGGGGUACAGUGCCGCUCAUGGUUCUAUGUCCUUUUGUAUUCGUCCAUAUGUCUCCCACACCCCCACCCCUUCACUUACAACCUACCGAAGUAGCUUCAGCACACUGGGUUCCUCUACGUACUCUUCUCUCACCAGAUUUCCGUACGGUCCACAGGUGCGACGUAUCCGACCGCCUUGCGCGACAAACAACAGGACUCUUGGGCCGUUUUGUACGCUGGGGUCUCAGGAUCAAUCUAGGGCAGAUGGAGUUUUCAGCUGUUAGACUUUGGCCAAGUCAUUCGGUUUACUCCUCUUUCGGCGGUGACUUUAUCACCGACUCCGGAGCUGCUAGCGGGAGCUGGGAUAGACCCAUGUUGCUUUGGGGACUCACCUUGGGAGUUGUGACAGACUUCCUUGAGAUGUUACCUCACGGGGAGCCAGCUACUGGGUGGAAUUAUCCUACAUUUACGAGUCCGGAUGUAAAGGCUGUUGUAUGGCUCAUGACUAAAAGCCUCAGGCAAAGGAAUUGGUUAAAGAUGCAGCAAGGAAGCAUGGCGAGGGCUUUAGAAGAGAAAAGAAGAUUGGAGGAUAUCGAUGCAGAUGGGGACACGAAAAGCAGCAUGGUUCUUGUUCAAGGAAGGAACGAGAAUCGCCAGAUUGAGCCUAGGACUAGUGUUGUUGGGACCUUAUUGGAAGGGUAUUACGAUAUCGUUCAGGAUGCUGUUUGGAUCACACUCUUUGGAAGGACAUUGAUUAUUGGAACGGCUUUAGGGGCCGCCUGGUGGAAGCAUAGGAGGUAA